GCGUUGAGAUAACCAUAAUAGGAGCAGGCUUGUUUACGCUAGGCGGAUUUCGAUGUAAACCGAGCUAUUCGUCGAGCAGGGGAUUCCAAGCAGUGUUCCUGUCGUUGUGGCGUUGAAAAUCGAAAACGCGGAAACGUUCGUAGUAAGCAGUAAUGAACCGGAAAGCGAGUAUUCUGGGCCGGGUUCAGCCCAGCUAGAUAUGACUCCGUCUUGUCGAAUCAGGAUGUGGGAAGUGUGAGCCAAGCCCACUACGGACGACUUCGAUCAUCUUGAUAUACCUUUUCUUUUUUUCUUUACGAUCGCUGUCAUUUAGUACAAUUAGCGUCAGCCGAACUGGUUCUCAUCAGGUAUAGUCCGAGUUUCCCCGUACAGCGCUACGUCGAGCGUCAGAAUUGUGGGUUAGCGUACGAAGCGAAGGCACGUACUCGACUGGACGGAUGAUACCUGCGUGGUUGUGAAACUUCUUCACUCCUACGGCAUGACUUCGGUGUGGAAAAGGCUCCAGAGGGUGAACAAGCAUGCGGCAAAGUUUCAGCUGGUCGCCUCCUACCGCGAACUCACCAUCGCCGGCAGCAAAAAGUGGCAACCCCACAAGGUGUCCGUCAUAUGGACGAGGCGGGGACGACGUGUUGCUUCCCAGCCCCGCUCUUGGGAGCCAACCAUCCGGGACCCCUACCGUGGCCGGGUGGUGUGGCCCGUGCCGGAAAACGUGGAGGUGACGGUGACUCUCUUCCGGGACGCCCGCAGCACCACCUUUGAGGACAAGGACUGGAGUUUCGUUGUGGAAGACAUCUCUCCGCUGGGCAAGCGCCGGCACGUGGCAGUUGGCAUUGUGAACGUGUCUGAGUUUGCCCGGGCGGAGGAGCCGAGCCAGAUGGAGCUGGUGGUCAAGAUGAAGCCCCUGUCGCCCAAGUGCCUCGAGGCCCAUCUGGCACUCACCUUGUCCUGCAGCCUCAUCAGGGAAGGGAAGGCCACGGACGAAGACAUGCAGAGCAUAGCGAGCCUGCUGAGCGCGGCUCCAUUGGCUGCGCCCGACGUGGGCAACCUGGACGACUUCGAAGAGGACGCCGAGACAUCGUUGCAGUUGGCCCGGCUGGCGGCACACUGCUCGGAGCUGCUCCAGGAGGAGGAGGAGGCGGAGCCGGGGGCGGAGGAGGAGGAGAGGAAGAAGGCGACGAAGCGGCAGAGGUCACCCCCCAUCGCAGUGGAGGAGGAGGAGGAGGAGAUGCCGCCCGAACCGCCCGAAGACCCCGAGAGCAAGUCCCGGCGGACCGCUGACGCGGAGCAGGAGCCCACGGAAGACCUGCUCACCUGGUGCCAGAGGGUGACUGCUGGCUACGGGGGCCUGAAGGUGACCAACCUGACGACCUCUUGGCGGAACGGCAUGGCUUUCUGCGCCCUGCUGCACAGCUUCCACCCCCAGCUUGUGGACAUGGACUCGCUGUCCCCGCAUGACAUUGCAGGAAACUGCAAGAAGGCGUUUGACGCCGCGUCCCAGCUGGGGGUGCCGCGGCUGCUGGACCCCGCGGACAUGGUGCUGCUGACAGUGCCGGACAAACUAGUGGUGGCUACUUACUUGCACCAGCUGCGCAGCCAUCUGACGGGCAGGCACGCCAUGCAAUGCCCUGCUCCGCCACCCGUGGCGCCACCCGCGGCUCCCACGCUGGCCGAGACGGGUCCAAACGACAGGCCGGAGAGCCCCGUCUUGGAGCGCCCAGCGUCCCCGGCGAAACCGGCCGAAACUCUCGUCAGACCAAAGAGGGCAGACGAACCACCUCUGACCGUUCCAGCAGCGCCCCUGAUGACACGCCAGCAACUCAUGAACCCGUUCGACUCGGACGAAGAGGACUCGUCCAACACCAAGUCACGCGGGGAGGCAGUUUCAGAGGCCCGGCCUCGCAGCGAGAGCCGAGACGAGCCUCCGAAGAGGUCGCUUCGGGCCACGCAGUCGGAAGGUCCCGUCACCAGGGUCAUCGACCUCUCCCCCACCCGCGAGGGCGGGCUACCCCGGGAGGCAAACUCUCUGCCCGACGGAUUCCCAAGUGCCCUUGUAGACCCCAAAAAGCGCCCUGUGAGUCGGCUGGCGGAGCUGCAAGAGCGUGCCCGCAAGCUUCUGGAAGAGGCGCGUAAGCCUGCCGCGGCCUACGACCCCACGAGUCCGGGCAGCCGGGGCGCAAAGGAGAGCCCGCCCAAGGAGACGGAGGAGGAGCGCCGCCACCAGGAGCAACUGAGGGAGCGUGCCAGGCGCAUGAUCGCCCAGGCGCGGCAGGGGGCGGCUGCGGGACACAGGGUCAGCUCCCACGACUCGCUGAACAACAACAACAACGAGAACAACGCAGGCUGCCGGCGCCUGGCCGCGGACGGCGGGCUGAGGCCUUCCGCAGGUGAGCUGCGCCAUUUCAGGUUCCACCAGUUCCAGAGGCGUCCGGUGGGUGAGGAGGACGGUGACAUCCAGCCAAGCAGGACAAAUGAGGGAGAGGCACGGCGCCGCCAGACGUACGUGGAGCUCGAGCUGGAGGCCUUGGAGCGGGAGCGGCAGAGGGUGGACGCCCAGGCGGAGAGGUUCGAGCCCUACCUACGGCGUGUCAUGAAGAGCGGGAACCAGGCCGAGGAAGACCGGUGCAUGCAACGCUGGUUUGCCCUGGUGAACGAGAAGAACGCCCUCAUCCGACGACAGAUGCAACUCAACCUGCUGGAGAAGGAGCAGGACCUGGAGCGCCGCUGCGAGAUGCUGAACCGGGAGCUACGCGACGCCCUCCAGCUCCAAGACUGGCAGAAGACGGACGCCCAGCGUGAUCGAGAGGCCCUGCUACUCGACGAGUUGGUGGCGCUGGUGGACAAGCGGGACGAGCUCGUCCAGCACCUUGACUCGCAGGAGAAAGCGAUCGAAGAGGACGAGAUGAUGGCUCUGGCCACUCGGCGGCAGCGGCUGCAGCCGGCGCAAGAGCGACCCAACUGCCGGCUCCAGUGAGCCAAUAAAAAGCGCAGCCUGAUU